AUGCCACUGUGGUCGCGAGCGAAUCCCUCAGCCGCGACAGGACCCGCUCACACCUCCUCAUCAUCGUCAACCGGCCACGACGACUUCCUCGCGAACCACCACCGUAGAUCGUCUUCGAACCUAGCUGGAUCGUACCAGUCGCAGGCAUCGACAUCUUCCACAUCGCUCGGCAGCAAACGUGGGACUUUGAAGAAGGAGCGGGUCCGGUCGAAUGUCCGGGAGCUGGAUGAGCUGGGGAAUGACGACGAGCCGUGGGACGAGGGCAGCGACGACGAGGAGAGCGUCGCGCAGCUUGCAGGCAAGAUGGGGUCGAUUUCGCUCUUGAUUCCAGCGUCUCGAGGACGAGGACCCGUCUCGCCAAGUGGGGCGACACCCGCUUCGCCUCCAGCAGGCUCUGCAGGCCUUCCCUCAGCCUCGUCGCCACCUCGAAGCGCAGGGUCAGCGUGGUCCUUCAACCCGUUCUCGAUGCGGUCUCCCCCUCCCCUCCCUCGACAAUCUUCGACCGCUUCCUCCCUCUUCAGCGCUCCUUCACCCUCUCUCGGCGCAGAAGCCGUCGCAGCAGCUCUCACAGGCGGCAGUCGGUCAUCACCUUCCACUCUUUCCGUCCCGCCUUCACAGCCUUCACCGCCGAAACGAGGAGCGAGCUAUCUUGCGGGCGCGAGCAAAGUGCAGGAGGAAGCGGACAAGCAGGUGCGGGAGGAGGAGCGAAGGAAGAGUCUAGAGGAGGGGGAGAUUGUGCAGGAGCCGGAAGAGAUGGAGGGACAGGAACGCGAGCGGAAGGAAGAGGGCGAGGAGGUGCGGGAGAAGGGAGAGGGUUACCAGAAGGAGCGGUGGAAGCAGGCGGUUCGAGCAGACGUUGACGAGCUCGUACACGAUCCAGCUCACGUCCUCGCUCGCCUCCGAGUCGCCUGGCAGCCCGCUCCACCACCCACGCAAACGAACGCACACCGCGCCUCGGUCUCUUCCGUACCCGACGCUCCUUCUCCCGAUCCCAACGCGACCCCUCAGUCGCGACAAGCCGCCCCUGGUGCCGACUCAGACGCUGAAGACGACCUCGCAGCCGGCUACGUCCAGCUCAACGCUCCGGCAGUAUCGUCUCAGGAUCCUUCGAUCGUCGAAUUCGACGCUGCACCACCGAAUCCGGAAGAAGAGGGCGAGCGGGGGCGGGAGAACCGGAGAAAGAGGAAGUUUCUCGACGUGCUCGGAGAGGAUAACGUCGACUUGACGGAGCUGAGGAAGUUGGCGUGGAGCGGCGUGCCAGCGGAUCUGCGGACGAUGGUGUGGCAGCUGUUGCUGGGUUACCUCCCAGCUCCUCUCUCUCGACGAGCCACGACCCUCGCCCGCAAACGCUCCGAAUACGCCUCACUCGUCAAACAAGCCUUCUCCCGCGGCGUCAAAGGCCUCGACGGUCCCAUCUGGCACCAAAUCAGCAUCGACGUCCCCCGAACACGACCUGGCGUCCUUUUGUGGCAGGCUGAGGCGACGCAGCGGAGCUUGGAGCGGAUCUUGUAUGUUUGGGCGAUAAGGCAUCCGGCGAGCGGGUAUGUACAGGGGAUCAACGAUCUUGUCACGCCGUUCUUUCAGGUCUUUCUGGCGGCCUACAUCGACGGCGACCCUGAAACGUUCGACGUCUCGGUCCUCCCUCCCGCAGUCCUCGAAGCGCUCGAAGCCGACUCGUUCUGGUGCCUCUCGAAGCUGCUCGACGGGAUCCAGGACAAUUAUAUCUUUGCGCAGCCGGGCAUCCAGAGGUUGGUCAAGAAGAUGGAGAGCUUGUGCGCGAGGGUAGAUGCUCCUCUCGCGGCGCAUCUCAAGGAACAAGGCGUCGAGUUCAUCCAGUUCGCGUUCCGGUGGAUGAACUGCCUUCUCAUGCGCGAGCUGAGCGUCUGGAACAUCGUCCGCAUGUGGGAUACCUACCUCGCCGAAGGCGGCGACGCCUUCUCCGAGUUUCACCUCUACGUCUGUCUCGCCUUCCUCGUGCGGUGGAGCGACAAGCUGCGCGAGAUGGACUUCCAGUCUAUCAUCAUUUUCCUCCAGUCUCUCCCGACGCAGGACUGGUCCGACAAGGAUACGGAGCUGUUGCUGUCGGAGGCGUUCCUCUGGAGCAGGACGUUCAACGCGCGGUAG